AUGAAUCUAACAAUAUUUCUUCUGCUUUUGCACGUUUUUCUCGUAAAAUCUGAAGAAAAAAAAGAGGGAGGUGAGUGAUUUUCGAACUUGCAAAUUUCUGCUGACGAUCUGCACUUUUGCGUGCCGUGUUCGCGUACCUUCAGCAGAAAACGCGAGGGAAUUCCAAUUUCAGAAUGUCCGAUUUCGAAAAGUCGUCCCGAAUUCACCUGUACUGCGGAGCGAAAGUGUCCGAAUGGAUUUUUGUGCUAUCGUGAUGUGAUUUCUAGCAGUUCCGGCGAUUCUGGAUGCUGUCGUUCGUUAAAAAUCAAAAAAAAAAUCAAAACUUUCCCACAAAUUUUCAGGCGGUCAUUGCUCAACGGGAAUGAUGUUCGGAGUAGAGUAUUUACCGGAAAACCGUUCUGUAAUUGCCGAUUGUGACACUCAAACCGAUCGAUAUUACCCUGAAACGCCUGAAAAGAGCGCGAGAAUAUGUUGCCCGGUGCCGAUCAGCGCUUUUCUACACGGAAAAUCGUCGGGACCACUUGUUCAGGACGAAUUUUGGCGCCCGAGAGGUCGGAACGUGGCCCAGAAUCCCAAAAUCCCGAAAAUAAUUUACAGGCUUUCAAGUGUCCAAUAAUACGGCCGUUGGAUUCCAGACUUGCACAAAUUCGAUCGAUUGUGCCACGAAUGAGUAUUGCGGAAAAGUGCGCGGGCCGGCGGGACCUCAAUUUUCAAUCACCCGGGACAAAGAUCAUUCGAAGAUUUUUUUGCGAUUUUGCUUCACAAGUAGGUGAUCUUCAUGUAAAUCUGCACAAAAAAUAUGUCAUUUAUUUGAAACGAUGUAUGUCUCUGCUGCCGGUAGAGAUAUCCGAAAAUUGUAAACUAAUAAAAUGCGCCACAGUCUCCAGAGCCGCCCCGCCCAAUAGAGCGAUACAUUGGCGCGAAAUUCAAAUUUUAACAGCAAAAUUUGUGUUUUCUGCCAGAUUUGCCACGAAAAACCGAUAAUUUCUCAUUUGUCUCUCGAUAGACCGAUUGUAUAGGCUAUUACGAAUUUUUUAAGCGCAAGAGCGUUAAAUUUGAUCAAGUCGCAAAUCGCAUUUAUCCGUUUGAAGGUUUUUGGCUAAAACUGCGUGAAUUUCAGUUGCUUUUCGGUAAUUUUCGCGGUUCAAGCGCUCAAAAUGCUUGUAUUCACGUGAUUUAUCAUUCUCAAAACCAAUUCUGUCGGAAAACGGUAAAAAAAGCGCAAAAUAAAAAGUGUGGUUUUUAGGCGGCGAAGGCGAAAAAGCAAAGUCCCCGAAAAAUGCGCCAAAACGUCAUUAAUUCUGAGAAUUAGUGUGUUUUUAUGCCGAACAAUAAUUUUUUCAUCGCCUUUAACCACAAAAAUCAGAGAAAACCUGCUCAAUUCAUGAAAACGCCAUUUGGCCGAGGCCACCGCGUGUGCAGAAUGUGUUUCUGAACAAUUCAUCAGCUGAGAACUUAUGAAUGUCUCCACCCACAGCUGAGAUACACCGUUUUGAAAGUUUUCAGAGCCUCCGCUCGCCGAUUACUCCCUCGCCCUUUCCUCCGAAACGAACUUUGACGAAUUCCAAUUGUGCCAGAAAAACUCGGAUUGCUGGAGCUCGUCGCAGUACUGUAAACGCGAGAUUUCGACGACGAUCGGAGUGUGUGCUCCGCUCAAAAAUCUCUUUUAUGCGGAGGGAAUCGAGGAGUGGUUCUUGGCGGAUCAAGAGAAAGGGUGCCAGCAAGCGAACGAGUGCGAGCGGAACGGAAAGAACUGGUUCUCGUGAGUACUGUAACCCGAGUACAGUACCAUAACUUUUAUGUUUCAGUUAUGAAUGCGUGGCCGCCGGUCCCAACCGAAACACGCUCCUAGUGCCGAAUAUUUGUGUGGGAUGUCCGUGCCAGCAACACUUUCCGCACCCACCAAAAUUUUCUCUUUGACCUUCCAGAUGACAUCCACUGCUCCGAAUCGGCUCUCCGCCUGCGUGGCACCAAUUUCGGAUGCCAUACGGACGACGACUGUGCAAAAGACUGGGAUCCCGAUAAUAUCCAUACUCCGCGAUGCGUCAACGACACAAUUACUCGGCGAACGGCUUGUUGUUACGGUAAAAAAGGAUUGUUGGUAGAGUAAUCAAAAAGUGGUCAACUGAUAAAAUGUGCAGAAUGUCUUUCCACAACUAUUUGAUAGCUCUUCCGAAUUGCAGAAAUGAACUCGUGCCUCAUCGAUCGGGACCUCAAACCCUAUGGAAUCUCGCCGAUCGGUCGGAGGAUGUGCUCUGGAGACGAAGAGUGUCAAGUGUUGGCCAAUAGGACCAAGGAGCAGAUGGACGGUCCCGACAGUCGGAAUCUGUACUGGGGUCGUUGUAUGCAAGAACUGGAGAACGGCUGGGGCAAGUGCUGCAUCGCCAACAUCACCGACCUCUGUUCGGUCGGCCGACCGCUCCUUCCGCCCCAGAACUGCACCACCGACGCGCAUUGUGGCGGAAAAGAGCGGACGAGUCAGUGGUGCUCAACGAGCUCGGGAUUCUGUUGUCAAGGUCGGGGCAGAUAUUCCAAUUCAAUGUUGCCCGAGCGGAUCCUUCUUUGGUUUCCAGAUUAUCCGGGCGAGAGCAGCUACUUGUGCCCGGAUCUUAAGACGGUUCGCAGAGAGCAACCAGCGUGCGACUCGCCCGGUUACUGUAACUUUGGCACCGGCGUCUGUCUUCUGGAUCGGUGCUGUCCGUUGAGUGAGUAUGAACAUUGAGGCUUCUGGAAUGCGGAAUGCGUAGGCAAUUUUUUGUAUUUUUCGCGUGUAAGAUGAGUCUCGCAACUAUAAUCCACCUUAAAAUUAGGAAAAAAAACCUUGAAAAAGUUGCGGAAUGAGAAAUUCUUUGCAAAUUUCUGGUCUUGACACAUUCUCAGCGAUUCGACUUUUCGCGCUUCUGUUUCACUUUUGUGCUUGGAAAGUUUGACGCAUUUUCAGUGAAUCGCGAGAAGGAAAAACUUCUCGUGUGGUCCGAAAAGCCGUGGUACUUCCCCGAGCAUCCGUGCUUCGACACCGCCGAUCUACCCGCCCACCUCGAAAUGGUCUACUGCGAUCCGAAGCGCAAUUUGACCACUAGAAUCAGUCGCUCCGAUCGGUGGCUUCAACCGAUCCGCGCGACCGAUCGAUAUUGUACGAGUAACAGGCACGUUAGGAUCACUCUAUCUUCAUGUAAUUCCCGUUUUUCAGCAACUGCUCACUGACUUUUGGUCUGGUGUGCGUCAAAGAGAUUCAUGGUAUUCAGCGAUGUCACACUUAUUAUAAUGUGAGUAUUUUGGGGGACUCGAAUUGUUUGAAAAUUGUGAUUCAGCGCGACUUUCCGAUGAUCGCACUAAUUUUCCCGACAAUUGUGUUCUUGGCGCUCAGCCUGACCUAUUAUUUCCAUUGGCACCGUCAGAUUGACCUACACAAUAAGGAGCCGCGAGAAGUGAUUCGAUAA